AUGGGUGUAUUGGACAGCGUCCGGCGGCGUGAUGAGAACAACCGCCUUAUGAAAGUUUUCGGGUCGUCUGCCGAGGAGAGUGACGAAGUCAAUGGGAUAAAUGAAAUCCCUGUCGAAACCAAGUCUCUGGAGGGGCAGGAUGAGAAGGAAAUCCAGCAGCGCCCAAAUGAGGUCAAUGUGAACGCCUCCAUCGGUUUGCAGAAGGCCGAGGCCGCUGCUCUUGUCUAUAGUAGAAAGACCCUCAUUGGGAUUUAUGCAUGGAUCUGGGUCUGCUUCUUCGUUUUAUCUUUCCACGAGACGAUGUUGUCCAACCUCACCAACUAUAUCUUCGCCGGCUUCUCGUCAGCACCCCAGGUGACUACUUCUUACAUUGCGUCGACAAUCAUCGGCGGAGUGAUGAAGCUCCCCUUAGGUAAGACUCUCAACUUGUGGGGUCGUGCCGAAGGUCUGCUGGCCUCGCUGGUUGUCUACAUCCUUGGAAUUAUCAUCCUUGCUGCCUGUAAUGGCCCCAAUGCGUACUGCGCCGGCUAUAUCUUCUACUGGAUCGGCUAUGACUGUCUCUAUCUCACCCUGCAGAUUUUCGUUGCCGAUACCACCGGAUUGCGCAACCGAGCCUGGGCCUUUGCGUUUGUUAGUACGCCUUUUAUUGCUACUGCUUUCACUGCGCCCCUGGCAGUAACUUCCUUCAUCAACAUAUCAGGUUGGCGCUGGGCAUUUGGCGUCUUUGCGAUCGUUCAGCCCUUCGUUUUCGCCCCUUUGGCGUUCACUUUCAAGUACUACGAGAAGCAGGCUGUGAAGAAGGGCAUUUUGACGAGAGAACGGAGUGGUCGCUCUGUCGGACAGUCAAUUAUUCACUAUCUUCAUGAAUUCGAUGUUAUCGGUGCAUUUAUCAUUAUGGCUGCUUUCAUUUUAUUCCUUCUUCCGUUCAGCAUUACAUCUUUUGGCGAAUCUCAAUACUCCAGUGCUACAUUCAUUGCGAUGAUUGUUGUUGGAAUCUGCCUCUUCCCGGUCUUUGCCAUCUGGGAGAAGUGGUUCGCGCGCACCCACUUUAUCCGAUGGGAACUGUUCAAAAACCGCUCUGUCGCUGGCGCCUGUUAUUUGGCCGCCGUUGUGUUCUUCAGUUUCGAUCUCUGGAACACUUAUUUCCAGAAUUUCCUUCUGGUUGUUUACAACCUUGACUACACCAUGGCCGGAUACUUGAUGUCGACCUAUAACGUCGGCUCCUGCUUCUGGUCCGUGGUUGUUGGAAUCUAUGUUUACAAGACCAAGCACUUCAAGUACCUUUGUCUGUUCUUUGGAUUACCGCUGAUGAUUCUCGGAUCUGGUCUGAUGAUCUACUUCCGUGGCAGUGAGCACGGUAUCGGCUAUGUGGUUAUGUGUCAGAUUUUCAUUGCCUUCGCUGGAGGUACGCUGGUUAUCGGUGAAGACAUGGCCGUCAUGGCAGGUGGGGACCGCGAAGGCAUUCCCAUGGCCUUGGCUUUAAUUAGCUUGUUCUCGAGCGUGGGCUCGUCGAUCGGAUACGCCGUGUGCGCAGCUAUCGUGAACAAUGUCUGGUUGCCGGCCAUCCGCAGCCGCCUUCCUGCCGAUCUGAAGUCUCAGGCUGAGGCAAUUUAUCAGGGCGGCGUCACUAAGCAGCAAGGUUUUGCACUUGGCUCUCCGGAGCGUGAGGCUGCCGCCUACGCCUGGAGCUGGUCCCAGCGACAGAACUGCAUUGCUUCCACCUGCAUCUUAAUUUUGGGUAUCCCUGCAAUCAUGAUGUGGAAAAACUUCAAUGUGGAUAAGCAGCAGAACAAAGGCACAAAUAUCUAA